AGGCAGUAGUCGAGUAGAAGCCGACAAAAACAGUCGUUGCGAUACUACUUAACUGCAUAACGCAAGCCGCACGCGCUACGGUGCAGUCGCGACUGUCGAAUUAAAAAUAAUAACUAAUAUACGCGAAUUUAAAAACAAAAUAAUAUAUUGCAUAGUAUGUUAAAAACAAAUGAACUGUUCAUUGGCAAUCUAUAAUCAAAAUGACGUUACGGGUCGAAGUGCCCGAAAAGAUCUUCAAUAUAGAUUCUUGCAAAUGCAAAACGUAUGAGAAAGAUAUAAACAAAACGGAGAAAAAAUUCAGCGGCCGUUUGAAGGAGUUUAUAAAAAAAACAUGGGCUCUGAAAUCAAAAGUGACAGUGGAACCGUAUGUAAUAUGUUAUGUGCUACCGAGUGUUUUAGCGGGCUUAGCUGUGCAGAAUUUGUGUUUAGAGAAGUCAUGCCUAGUAAAUUUGAAAUACGACGAAGACACAUGCAGCCACAUUAUGCAAGGUCGCACACACAAUUAUACGGAACAGGAGAAGAAUGUACAGAAGAUGGUAGCGGGAAUGACAGCCUGGAGCUUUCCCUUACAGACGGCACUGCCAGGGAUAUUAACCCUUUUUGUGGGUGCUUGGAGCGAUCGGACAGGCAACAGAAAGAACUUCAUGGUGCUCCCAAUUUUAGGAAAACUCAUAUCAAUUUUUGGCAUAAUCAUGAGCACAGUAUUUUUCCUUCAGGUCGGAUUAAACGAAACUGCUUUAAUAGAGGGCCUCCCUCCAGCAUUAGCCGGUGGUCGUGUUGCUAUGACAAUGGCUGUUUAUAGUUACAUCACGGAUAUAACUAGUGAUACUGAACGGACUUUUCGUUUAGGUAUUAUAACCGCUAUAUUGACUCUCAGCAGGCCGAUUGGACUCGCCCUUAGUGGUAUAAUGACGCGACGUUUCGGUUAUUACGGCGUUUUUACUGUGGCGUGUGUUUUCUAUCUGACUGGCUUUGUGUACAUCCUUCUUAGACUCAAGGAGAAGAAGAAGAAGAAGAUCGACAACGAAGAACCAAUCACGGUGUUCUCCAUGUUUUCGGCGAAAGACUUCGCAGCAACAGUGAACGUAGCAUUCAAAUCGCGCCAAGGAUCGCGGCGCUUGCAAAUAAUAUUAGUUAUGUUUGCAUACAUGUUCAUCGUGGGACCAGUUUUAGGUGAGGCGCAGAUGACGUACUGGUUCACUCGCUACAAGUUCAAGUUCACCGAAGUGGAUUACAGUCUCUUCCUCACCUACUCCGUGCUCGUGGGCUCUAUUGGUUCCUUCAUAACGAUAUACUUGUUCAGCAAGCGGUGGAACAUUGAAGACAGCAUCAUCGGCAUCGCGGCAUGCCUCAGUCGAGUUGCAGCCAGCGUGGUCUACGCAAUGGCGCCCACCAGGACCGUGUACUUCCUGGGACCUGUUCUUGACAUGUUCAGUUCUGCGGGGGCUACGUCACUGCGCUCCAUCGCUUCGAAACUUGUGAACGCUGAUGAAGUUGGAAAAACGAGCUCUCUAAUAAGCAUAUCGGAGGCUUUAGUCCCUGUAAUCUAUUCGCCUGUGUACAGCAAGGUUUACCUCAGUACCUUGUCAACGUUCUCGGGCGCCUUCUAUCUCAUUAGCGCCGCGCUAGCCGUCCCUGCCAUAAUUAUAUAUUUAAGCCUGUAUAUUUUACAUAGAAAAGACAUCGAGAUGGAAUCUAGUUCCCAGUCCAUUGAGAGCAAACCCAAGGAGAACGAAAUAACGAGAUUUUAGUGUAUUCCUAAUGUAUAUUUAUUGUAUGUUUAGUUUAAGGCCUAUUAUGUACCUACUACAAAAUCUCAAUAAAUUUAAGGUUUGUACUUUA